AUGCUCACGGCGCUAUCCCGUUUCGUCGCCAAAUCCGCUCAACAUGCUCUUCCAUUUUUUAAGUUAUUACGAAAAGAAGCGGCUUUUGAAUGGUCCGAGGAAUGCGAGCGAGCACUAUCCCACCUUAAGCACGUGCUCUCCAAACCGCCCGUCCUCUCUCGACCCAAUAACGGCGAGCAUCUAUACCUUUACCUGGCCGUCUCAAACGAGGCAGUCAGCGCGGCUCUGAUCCGAGAGGUUGAAGACGGACAGAAACCCGUAUACUUCACCAGCAAAGCCCUACAAGGACCGGAGGUACGAUACCAGCAGAUCGAGAAAAUCGCCUUGGCCCUGGUGACAGUUGUCAGGAGGCUGAGAUACUACUUCCUCGCCCAUACCAUCGUCAUUCGAACAGACCAACCCAUCAAGCAACUCCUCAGUCGACCAGACAUGGCCGGGAGAAUGCUAAGAUGGUCCCUCGAGCUUUCCGAGUUCGAUAUACAAUACGAAAGCAGAAGGGCGCUGAAGGCUCAAGCGCUAGCAGACUUUAUAGCCGAAAUGACCUCGAUCGCCAACCCCCCGGCCCUUGCCGAGAACAAGUGGACCAUCUACGUAGAUGGCGCUUCAAGCAGCUCAGGAAGCGGGGCCGGCAUUAUCUUGGAAAACGAUGAGGGGCUCAUCAUCGAGGUUUCCUUAGUCCUCUCUUUCAACACGUCGAACAACCAGGCCGAGUACGAAGCUCUCUUAGCAGGCCUCAGACUCGUAGAAGAUGUGGGCGCUCUGGAGGUUAAGAUUUACACCGACUCCCAACUCGUUGCAUCCCAGAUCAGCGGCGACUACCAAGCCAAGAACGACGUGCUUGCCGAGUAUCUCACGCUCGUCAAAGAUAAGAUGAAAAAAUUCGGUAAAGCGGAAGUAGAGCAUAUCCCUCGGGAGCACAACUCACGAGCCGAUGUAUUAUCCAAACUCGCGAGCACGAGAAAGAAAGGCGGGAACAAGUCGGUGAUCCAGGAAAUCCUAUCAAGGCCGAGUGUAGAAAAGGUCACGCAACCCCUACCAGUGCUCGCUAUCGGGGACGACAACUGCUGGAUGAGCCCGGUGUACAAUUUCCUCACAAAAGACGAACUUCCAACCGACUCAAAGGAAGCUUCAGCGAUCAAAAGACGAGCCUGCGCGUACACAAUCAUCGAGGACAAACUAUACCGACGAGGUUUCUCCAUCCCUCUCCUCAAAUGCGUUGAUGCUUCACAAGCCCUCGAGAUCCUUCAAGAGCUACACGAGGGAAUCAGUGGACAACAUCUAGGAGGCCGAUCACUCGCAAGAAAGGCUCUCAGGGCCGGGUAUUACUGGCCGACCAUGCAGCAAGACGCCAGAGAGCACGUCCAGAAAUGCGACAAAUGCCAGCGUCACGCCGACAUGCACUUAGCUUCACCGAACGAGCUUAAGUCCUUAUCCUCGCCUUGGCCCUUUUCCACCUGGGGAAUGGACCUCCUCGGACCCUUCCCGGUCGGUUCAUACCAAAAUAAAUACUUUGUGGUCGUCGUCGACUACUUCACUAAGUGGAUAGAAGCCGAGGCGCUCGCCAAAAUCACGUCCCAAAACGUCCUUCGUUUUUAUAAGCGGAACAUACUCGCCCGGUUCGGGGUGCCACAGGCGAUUAUAACCGACAACGGCACCCAGUUCACGGACAGGAAAUUCCAAGAGUUCGUGGCCAAACUCGGAACGAAACAACACUUCACUUCGGUCGAACACCCCCAAACGAACGGGCAAGCUGAAGCCGCCAACCGAGUCAUCCUCCGAGGACUGAAGAGGAGGUUAGGUGAGGCGAAGAGAGCUUGGGUCGAAGAGCUGCACAGCGUGCUUUGGGCGUACAGGAUGACCCCUCACUCGAGCACAGGCGAAACCCCGUUCAGGUUAACCUACGGCACUGAAGCCGUGAUCCCUGUGGAAAUCCGGGAGCCUUCUCGUCGAACCGAGUCCCCUCUCGAGUAA